AUGUCGGUCGACAUAUUUUCUGCAGAAGAGGAGAGUGCGAGGGUGAUGAUUGAGUGGAACCUCCGGAGGCCUCCGCACCUCGUGGUGCUGCAGUGGAUCGUAGAGGCGUGGGAUCAAGUCCCCAAGCACGUCAUCAUUGACGCGUUCCGCCACUGUGGAAUUUCAAGCAAGCUGGACGGGACGGAAAACCACCUGGUGAUGUCUCACCUGCGUGCCAGGAGCACUGUCAAUGUCUCCGAGGACAUGAGCCUUGGGGGAACCACGGGCGACAACACGCGCCUGCUUGGGCAGGCGCCAGAGGAGGAGGAGGAGAUGGAGGCGGAGGGUGUGAAGGAGGUGGCCGUGGCAACCAGCCUGGAGGUGCUGUACCAGGAGACCCCCAAUUACCGCGGAGCGGUGGCUGAGGUUGACCGCAUGAUCGAUCCUAGGGAGACGGCCAGGCAUGCCUGGCGAGUGCCAGACUUGGGUGUUGACCCUGCUGUUAGUGCAGGGGAGGAGGCCAUGACUGAGGAGGGCUAG